AUGUUUAAUUCCCCAUUUAAGGCCUGGUUAAAAGAAAGGUUGCCUUUAAAUGUUUACAGUGAUGAAACUUCCAAACUUUUUGAUUCGGCAUUGAGACAAUUAAUUUCUUGGUUUGAAUGUGAACAAAUUGGUGGUAUUUUAGGCACUAUAGAGAAAAUGAAUAAAUCGGAACCUGAUUUUUUAUUAGGCAAAACAUUAAAGCUUGGAUUGGAUACUUUAAGUAGUGGGCGAUCUAAACGUUCUGAUCCUACUUUUGAACAAGAAUUGGCAGAUUUAGUUAAGGAUGCUAAUUUAAGGGGGAAUGAAAGGGAGAGAAAACAUGCUUAUGCUGUUCAACUUUUUGCUGAUAGGUUGGAAAAUAAUUUGAUAAUUGCAAAAUUUCCAACCCUCAAAAUGACCAAGUAUUAG